AUGAGUAGCGUACUGGAAACGGCGGUGUCUCCAAGCAAUAGCGACUCUUCUCCUAUCCUCCUAGAACGCCCGCGGGGACGUGCUCGCUCUAUUGCUAUGGAAAUGAUAGAGUCGGAAGAUGCUGCAUCAGAUGAAGUGGAUGAAAAUAACGACAUGGAAACUCUCAGGGUGACGAGGCGUCACUCGCGUCGCAUACAAGCAGAGAUGGAAAACGACUCUGGUAGUGCACUUCAGACGUCUUCCUCGCGCUACUCGCUACGCACUCGGCCUAAUAAACCCAAACGUUUUGACGAGUCCAUAUACAACGAUGUUUUCCCUACUUCUCACUCGACGUACACCGAGUUACCAUUACACAAUCAAAGAAAACGACGACAUUUACGUAAUCGGAAUAGUCGAUUAAAGAGACAACGGCGUGUUACUAAAGAAGAAGCUGAAAUAGAGGAGGAAAGUGAGAAUCAGUAUCAUGAAGCCAUUAGUAUGCAAGAAAUCAACCGACAAAUUAGAUUCAAGGAGCGCGAAGACCGAGUGAAAGCAUCGGACAUCGAGCCACAUUCCUUUGCUUCACGGUAUUCAUUACGAUCACGCGAGAGUCUUACGACAAGUGAAGUGAGUGAUGUAUCACCAUUGCAAACGAAGAGAAGCCAGCGCUCGAUGAAGCGAGCGCAGUCGAAAUUGAUUGUGGAAGAAGAUAAGCAUAUAGAAACUCUCCAACACGUAGAUGAGAACUCAGAAUCGGAAAAUGAUGGUACCUCGGAAAAUGAAGAGCAAGAGGAAACUGACCAAGUACCAGGAAAUGUCGGUCGAUAUCAUUUACGUCAACGUCGCCAACCGCCAAUCGACGAGACUAGUCGGACCACUCGAAGUCAAGCAACAAGAGGCUGUGAAGUAGAAAACACGUCGCGGCGCUAUUUGCUCCGCGACCGCUCAAAAACGCUUCGAAAUGAUGUAGAAGAUGAGACUACAGCGUCACCAGAAACUUCAGCUGCAUACACAGAUUAUCAUAAACGACGUAAUUCCAUUAAGCGAAAUACGACGACCGGUUCCGGAAGCACUAGACGAUUAUUCUUUUCUGACAUGAAUUCUACUUCCCCGUGCCGUUGUAGAAACCGUGGCCGAGGACGUCGAAACUGUCAUCAUAGAUCGCUUUCUUUAUCUUCUUCAAGCUCUUCAUCCUCUUCUUCCGACAUCGGAGACGAUGAUUCGGAUGGUGGUAUGCGCACAAGCAGCCCAUGGCGAUCAUCGAAAAGUGGUCGAAAAAGUGGAAGCUUACGUGCAGAUAUUACGCCAGUAGAGGUGGAUCGUAGUAUUACUUGGGACAGCGUGGGGGGAUUGAAGUCGCACAUUGAAGCGCUGAAAGAAAUGGUCAUGCUUCCACUAUUGUAUCCCGAAUUUUAUAGCAAAUAUAAUGUUUCCCCGCCAUCUGGUGUGCUAUUCUAUGGACCUCCAGGUACAGGAAAAACGCUACUUGCGAGAGCGCUGGCAAAUUCGUGCUCUUUUUACAGUGCAUCCGAACAGGAGACUGCUAAUCUUGUCCACAAGGGAAAAAGGAAGGAACGAGGGCGGCAAAAAGUCACUUUUUACAUGCGAAAAGGAGCAGAUUGCUUAAGCAAGUGGGUUGGAGAAGCAGAACGACAACUGCGGCUUUUAUUUGAAGAAGCGAGGAGAAAUCAGCCGGCAAUUAUUUUUUUUGAUGAAAUUGACGGCUUGGCUCCUGUUCGUAGCGCCAAACAAGAUCAAAUUCAUGCGUCAAUUGUAUCGACGCUGCUAGCACUGAUGGACGGCAUGGACUCGCGUGGCCGCGUCGUUGUGAUUGGAGCGACCAAUCGACUUGAUGCCAUUGAUCCAGCCUUGCGACGUCCUGGCCGAUUUGAUCGAGAAUUAGGAUUUAGGUUGCCAAAUGUGACUGAACGAAAAAGUAUGCUGGCAAUUCACUCUAAACAUUGGAAACCUCCAUUAGCGGAUCACUUCUUAUCGGAGCUAGCUGAGCAAACUGUCGGUUACUGCGGUGCCGAUAUCAAAGCGCUCUGUGCAGAAGCGGCCUUGUGCUCAUUGCGUCGAGUUUAUCCUCAGGUGUACGCAAGUGAAGACAAAUUGCUGAUUAAUAUCGAGAAAGUGGUUGUAUCUCGUGGAGAUUUCGUCAAGGCAGCGAAGAAAAUUACUCCAGCUUCUCAUCGAGCUGUUAGCACUUUUGCGUCACCGUUACCUCAUGCUGUGAAAAAAUUAUUAGAGAAUCAGCUGACAAAAACGUUGCGAGAGGUGGCACGGCUUUUUCCACUUUUUCCUUUCGGGAAGCAAGCAAUUGACGACGCUAACACCUCAAGAGAAAGUGAUGUGGAGCCGACAGAUGAUGACGACGAAGAUGAUUUGAAUAUAUAUACAAAUGCAAAGCAUAAAGAUUGUAGCGUUUGCCAUGGUGAGGGAGAUGAAUUGCUUUAUUGCGAUGCAUGUCCUGGAGCUUUUCAUCGUGCUUGUUUAUCAGAAAUGGAUACAUCAACUAAAGUAUGUGAAAACGAUGAGAGCGUACUGUUGUUUUGCCUCGAAUGUCGGCGGCCUAUGCCAGCAGCAUUGCAACGAUCAAAACAGCGCAUACGAAAAGAGCGCGUUCGCUCAAUUGCUUCUCUUCGCUUGCCUCGUCAGGCUGGUUUUCCGCGCAUUUUGGUUGCCGGUAAAGUUAGCAUGGGUCAACAAUACAUUGGUCCAGCACUGCUACAUUCAUUAGAGGGAUUUACACACUUCUCGCUCGAUUAUCCUUUACUGGUGGCUGACUCGAGCUCGCACUCUCCAGAAGAAGCACUUAUUCAACGACUCGGCGAGGCCCAGAAAUGUCUGCCAUGUGUGCUUUAUCUGCCUCAAAUUGAGUUGUGGUGGAUAAAUACAAGUGAAUCUAUGCAUCUGACUUUAAAAAUGAUGCUAAUGAACCUGCAAGCUCGGGUGAAUUUGCCUGUUUUAUUUCUAGCUUGUACAACAUCCGCGUGUGAUGCGAACACACUUCCAGAAGAUCUCUUGGCAUUAUUUAAAGAGGACUCGAGCAUUUUGUUUACAUCUAUGGUGAUAGAGAUGAGCGCGCCGAGUUCGGAGGCUCGAAUGGCUCAUUUUGAACAAAUACUGAGCGCAUGUGCUACACCGCCAACAAUACCAAAAACAAAGCAAACAAGAGACGAGAAACUUGAGGUUUUACCGCUAGCUCCGUUUCCAUCCCCACCUUCCCAGAUAAAACUGAGUCCCGAAGAGCAAAAAAAGAGGAGAGAGCGAGAUUUCCAUUUUCUACGUGAGCUGCGUAUCUUUUUGGGUCAAGUACUUCAUUACUGUUAUUCGCAAAAGCUGUACACACCAUUUUACGUACCUGUGGAUCCAGUGGCAGUACCAAAUUACUAUUUAAUUGUUAAGCGUCCUAUGGACCUAAGCACAAUACGUGACAAACUAAAUGAUGAAGAGUACACGUGCUUUGAGCAGUUCAUGGAUGACAUUCAGCUCAUUGUUCGAAACGCUAAUGUGUUCAACCCUAAGCGUAGUCGAACACGCCACAUUGCCCACGCGGCGGGCACGAUGAAGGACAAUAUUCUGUCGUACGCACACCGAUUUCGAAUUCGCCAAGGCUACGACCUAUUUGCUAAAUGCCGGGAGGUGACAAAAAGGCUAAGAGCGCAUCCGUUGAUGUAUGGUGAAUAUGGCCGGCGCUUUAUUAAAGUGGGCAAGGAUACACGAAAGGGUCAGGAUCAAUCAUAUGAAGCACCACAUGUACGUACCAGUGCGCGGCUUCGCGGAGUAAAGGCCCCAGAUAUCAGUGUUGAAGCUAAUAAUUCCGGUGCGACGGCAAACAGCGUGAGUAAUGGGAUGACACUGAAAGAUGAACUCUCAGCUAAAGCCAAAAGUGAAGACAACUGUCGAAAGGGGACAGAUACCUCGUCAGCUCAGCAAUGGUUUGACGAUGGUGAUUGUGAGAAUAUACGAGAGAGUAAAAGUCACGAAGAGGCAAUUUUUACCGAAACAAGUAAUGGCAAGAUUGACAGUGCUAAUGAUGAUUUUUUUAUCGAGGGCGAUCGAAUUUUUGUGAGUAGUCGUACGCAUCCUGGAAUUAACCGUGAAGGUGGCGCUGGUGUCGUGCAGAGUCGUAACAAGGAUGGGUCUUACAACGUAAAGUAUAUUCUUGGAGGAAGUGAAAAGUCUGUGAGUGUCAAAUUUAUUAAGCGGCUGACGGAUGAUGCAGUGAUGCAGUCGGUUAAGACGCCGAGAUUAGCGACUACCGACUCGACCGAUGUUGCAACUUCAGUGCGAUAUAUUCAGGACGAAGAGAAAAUGGAUGAGACGGACUAUUUUGAUGAAUUGUUGUGGCCGCUUUUGAAAGAGGAAGGCUGGAAACGCGACGAUAAUUUCGACAUCAUCGAAGCAUCGAACGAAGCGUCCGGAAUAGCUGUGCAGCGUGUUAUAUUUACUCCUGGCAAGAAGCGCAACGGUGUUACCGUGACACUCUAUAGCGUAGCUGAUGCUCUGGCGUAUAUUGCGGACGACCCUGAGCUAUCACGGAAAUGCUUUGGCACACGUUACACAGAGCGCUUGAUGACCGAUGAGGCUCUUCAGGAGGAAAGUAGUGAUGAAGAAACAGACCAUGCAUCUCGACCUGAGGAGACGAUGGAGAAAGAGAAAGCUUUGACCAUGAAAGAAGACGAUACUGAACUGACGGCACCGACGGAAGACUUUCAGGAAUUGCCCGAAUUUAUUUAUGACGAGGCUCGAAUGGCGGCUGUCUUAAAGUUAUUAGUGGAGAAAACGGAAGGCUGGUCAGUUGACAAAUUGCGCGAUGAGUUAUUGGUUCUGAACAAGUUGGCGUACCCAUUCCGUCAUCACUUUGAUCGUACGGAGCUGAUGACACUUAUGGAGGCGCAUGUGAUGAAGAUGCAGUGA